GUUGCUGUGCCGUGCUAGCAACAACUGGGUAAUGUGGAGCUGACGUCCCAGCUGAAAUACCACGUUAAAAUAAAUAUCACACAGCUACCUACACGCGUUUUGUACACAGCUUAACCUGAGCCAACAUGCCUCCGAAGAAACCCGCCCAGCCUGCGGGAAAUAAAAAAACUCAAGAGAAGAAAAAGGAAAAGAUAAUUGAGGACAAGACAUUUGGCCUUAAGAACAAGAAAGGGGCCAAACAGCAGAAGUUCAUCAAGAAUGUUACUCAGCAAGUGAAAUAUGGACAACAAAGUGCAAGACAGGCUGAGGCAGACAAGACUGCUAAGAAAUCUGACAAGAAGAAAGAGUUGGACGAACUCAACGAGCUGUUCAAACCUGUAGUCGCUGCCCAGAAAGUCAGCAAAGGUGUCGACCCAAAGUCCGUGCUGUGUGCAUUCUUUAAGCAGGGCCAGUGCACUAAAGGUGACAAGUGCAAGUUCAGCCAUGAUUUGUCAAUGGAGAGGAAAUGUGAGAAGAGAAGCGUCUACGUGGAUGAAAGAGACGAAGACCUGGAGAAAGACACAAUGGAGAACUGGGAUGAGAAGAAGCUGGAGGAGGUCGUCAAUAAAAAACACGGAGAAGCUGAGAAGAAAAAAGCCAAAACACAAAUUGUGUGCAAGUACUUCUUGGAGGCCAUAGAGAAUAAUAAGUACGGCUGGUUCUGGGUGUGUCCAGGGGGGGGCGAUACUUGCAUGUACCGGCACGCCCUGCCGCCCGGCUUCGUACUCAAGAAAGACAAGAAGAAGGAGGAGAAAGAGGAGGAAAUUUCGUUGGAGGAACUGAUAGAAAACGAGCGUGCAGCUCUGGGUGUCAACGUGACUCGGAUCACCCUGGAGACUUUCCUGGCUUGGAAGAAGAGGAAAAGGCAGGAGAAGGUGGACAAAGCGAGGGAGGAGUUGGAGAAGAAGAAGGCCGACUUCAAGGCUGGAAAGUCGCUAGUAGUGAGCGGCCGCGAGGUGUUCGAGUUCCGUCCAGAGCUGGUCGACGACGACGACGCUGAAGCCGACGACACUCGAUACGAGAGCGAAGAAGAGGAAGACGACGAAGUGAUUGAUACCACAGAGGUCCAGGACAUAGAUUUAUCUCGUUUUGUUCCACAAGAGGUCGACAACACAGGCAUUACCGUAGCAUCCAUGGACCGUUUCACCUCGAGGAAUAAGAGUGAACCGACAGAAGAAGACAACGAGGAACAGCUGAACGGAGCUUGCGGCGGCGCUGAGGCCAAUGGGCUUUCAGGAGCAGAGGGGGGAGGGGAGGACGGAGGAGGGGAGGAUGAAGAGGAGGAGGAGGUGGAGGAAGAAGAGGUUCCAGUGGACGAGAACCUGUUCACGGGUGAAGAUCUGGAGGAACUCGACGAGGAGCUCAACACACUGACGCUGGAAGAAUGAGAGGGAGCGCGCGAGGUGGAGGUUAGGACGGACUAAGUGACAAAGGGAUGGACCGAUGGAUGCAUGGAGCUUAACAACAAAGAGACCGGAUGUUUAAAUGAUUUUAAAUUUCAGAGACUCCAGUAAUAAAGCCUGAUUAUAUCAUGACAUCACUGCCUGUCUCUGCCCCCUCUGUUUUCUGUAUCGCCCCUCUCACAUCCCACCGCAUCCCAGACGUUCUGUCCAUCGGGUGUCCAAAUUUCCACAGCAGGGCCAAUAAGGGUCAACCAGGGCCAACUCCACAUGAAUGUCGCUUGUCACAAUUUCUAAUACGAGAGAAUUCGGCUGCUGCUGUUGUGCACUUUUUGUUGCUCAACGCUGGCUUACGUUGAAACUGAAAUUACUUUAGAUAAAAAUUAGGCUUCGAGUGCUUCUCUACCUGAUCACUAUUAAAUAUCGAACAGGGUGAUUUGCUGAAUGAGACAUUACAAGGGCGUAAAAAUCAAAGCACUGCUGGAAACGGCUUCAGUAAACUUAAUAACAUUAUCGAUGGAUGUUUAAAAAAAGCUUUUGUAAACUGAAUUUAUACAAAGUGGGAAAUGAACAGGAUUGAUUCUGUGGUAAGAAAUCUGUUCAGAGCUUCGCCUGCUCUCGUACCAAAAUAAAAGCUGUAGAUUGAGGUUGUCAGCACUUUCAUUAUUCUAGUAAUUUGUUUUCCCUCAACAGAUCCAUUAUUUCAUUUAGGUGAACUUAAAACUGUUGAAAAAAUUUGUGUAACUUUGUCGAAGGAAAAGUCCAGACCUAGCUUCUGAAAUGUCAGGGGUGUUUGAGACCUGAUUAGUGCUGUAAUUCAGCCCCAGCAGGGAAACCAAAUGAUCCCAUUGCCAGCCCAGUAUUGUAAAUAAUGUUCUCAUGAGUUGCCUCCUGAAGAAAUAAAAGAUUACUGUA